AUGCUCGUCCUGAACGGCCUGCUCGCGCCCACCUGCGGCGGCCGCCUGGGCACGCUGUCCAAACUCGACUCGAAGAACCCCGUGCUGUGCGUCGAGUUCGACGAAGGACGCCUCCAGCUCCAGGGCACUCUGGUGUUCCCCAAGUCGCGGUACCUCGUGCUGAGGCAGGGUCCGAAGGACACGGUGCUGUGCGAGGACAGCUUCGAGUGCAUGGUGGUGUUCUCAGAGUCCCGCUGGAUCGGCAAGGCGGAAGACAACCCGAAAGACCUCCCGCUGCCCAUGCCGGAUAGCAUCAAGCGGAAGGUUCACGAGAACGUCAACUUCGACGGCGGGGCCGGAAACCGCGGGGCCGCGGGGGUCGACGCGGACGACGAUGACACAGAUGCUGAUGACAGCAGUGGACAGAACGGGGCGGCGGAGGGCGGCAGCAGCCGGCGGCCGGCGCGAGCGGCGGCGCGAAGGGCGACGAAGAGGAUGAUGGACGACACCGACGAGGACGACGACGAUGAUAUGGCUGCGUCGGACGGCGAGACCGGCAGCGAGGCACCGCCGCGCAGCUCGCAGAGGCGCCGUGCAGCCGCCCGCAUCACGGUGGAUCACGCGAUCGACGUCGACGACGAAGACCACGACGCUGGCGGCGCGACAGAGGACGAGGGCGCAGGGAACGAUGGCACCGAGGAGCAGGCAGAGGACGCGCGGCCCGCUUCACGUCCGGCCCGCCGACGUGCCUCCAAGCCCAUCGUGCUGGAUGACACGACGGACGAAGACGACGACGGCGAGGACGGCAGUGUGUCGGAGCCUGCGUCGAGCAGUAGAGGCGGUCACCGGCAGCACGAUGUGUCGGGCGCGUCUGACUCGGUGCUCGAAACACCCCCAAAGAAGAAGAGCCGAAAGUCUGCAUCCGACACGUCCGCGCGCGCACCAGCGAGCCGGCCGUCGACGGCGAAGCGCGGAGGGGGUCGCGGUGGACGGCAGGGCGCCUCGGCCGGCGGGCGAGGCGGCAGGGGGGGGUCAGCAGCCAAGUCAGGGUCGAGUAGAAAGCGCAAGGCCCCCUCAGAGUCAGACGACGACUUGGAGAUGAGCGAGUCGUCGGAGGAGGAGGAGUCGGAGCCGUCUGAGGCCAGCUGGGAGGAUGAGUGA